AUGUUGGGAACGCUGCGAACAGCCUCAAGUGCUGUCUCACGCCCUGCAUCUCGGCUUUGUGCCCCCUCAGGGAAUCGACUGAAUUCCACGGCAAGCAGAAAGCAACGCUCCCUUCCGGCAGCAUAUUACCGCGGAGGCACAUCUCGCGCCGUUUUCUUCAAAGAGCAAGAUCUACCUGCGGGUCGUGCUCACUGGGAUCAUAUAUUCCGCAGCGUCAUCGGCAGUCCUGAUCCUCACGGUCGCCAGCUGGAUGGACUGGGCGGCGGGAUCUCCAGUCUAUCCAAAGUCUGUGUUGUCGGAAAGUCCACCCACCAAGAUGCAGAUGUCGAUUAUACAUUUGUUUCUCUCGGCAUAAAGAAUACCGAUGUCGACUACUCCAGCAACUGUGGCAAUAUGAUCAGCGCGGUCGGUCCGUUUGCUAUUGACGCACAGCUAGUCAACCCCGACUCGGCCGACUCAGCCUCCAUUCGCAUUCACAACACCAACACCGGAAAGAUCAUACGGUCCACCUUCUCCGUUGUCGACGGAGAGGCAGCAUCCAGCGGCGAUUUCUCGAUCGACGGUGUAGCCGGAACAGCAGCACGUAUCCGACUCGACUUCAUCGACCCCGCCGGAUCCGUGACGGGCAAAUUACUUCCCACGGGAAGCGUUACGAACGUCUUCGACGGCGUCACAGCUACAUGUAUUGACGUCGGCAACCCAUGCGUUUUCGUACAGGCCAGCGACCUAGGCGUUGAGGGAAAUCUAACCCCUGACGAAAUCACCGCUGACGAAAAGCUCUUACAGCGACUCAACUCCAUCCGCCGCCAAGCGGGCGUGGCAAUGGGCAUCUCAGAAGACACUGCAUCAGUCCCAGGGAGCAUCCCCAAGAUCUGUCUCGUCUCAACCCCCCAGUCGGACGCACGGAGUACAGAACAAAAACAGACAUCUAGCGACGUCGACCUCGUUGCUCGCGCUCUUUCAGUCGGCCAACCGCACAAAGCUGUCCCGAUCACAGUAGCGCUGGCAUUAGCUGCUGCUGCUCGCGUGCCGGGGAGUACGGUUGCGCACGUAUCGAAUAAGGAUGUUGUUGACCCGGCCGGUAUCACGAUUGGUCAUGCGAGUGGGAACCUUCUUGUUGGCGCGGAUUUCAAUGAAGAGGGGCAGUUGAGCUUUGCUACGGUCUUCCGCACGGCGAGAAGGCUGUUUGAGGGUCGGAUCUUUUGGAAGGAUGAUGGGGUUUCUGAGUAA